GGAUAUCCUUCUGGUGACUGUGAUUGGUUGACUGGGUAGGGGGAUACGAUUGGGAUUGGCUACCAAUAAGGGCUGGCAAAAGGAAUGUGUUUGUCUUCUGUGUUUAUAGAAUGAGCGGCGGUUGGAAGUGGAGACUCUCCGUCACAUGCCUCUAGUUGGUUGGCAAGAUGUCUUCUGCCGACUUCAAAUCACUGUCCCAAGAAGAACUGCGCAAAAGGCUUUACCAGACAUUUAAAAAUAAAGGUGUUUUGGAUUCGCUCAAGACCCAGCUUCGUAACCAGCUAAUCCAUGAACUAAAACAUCCUGCAUUUAAUGGAGAACCAGGUCAUUAUCUUGAAGCUUUGGAGUCGGAUUCACUGCUGCACAGGGCUUCCAACAGCAUGGUUGCUGAUCAUCUGAGAAAAUGUGGCUAUGAGUACUCUCUUUCGGUCUUUUACCCAGAAUGUGGAUUAGAAAAAGAAAAGAUGUUCACUGUCCAUGACUUCUUGCAGCUGCUGAAGAUCAACCCAAAAUCUCGACUUUACAAAUCUCUGACUUCAAGUGCUCGUAAUGAAAGUGCAAAAGGCUUUUUCUUUCAGCUCUUAAUGGAGUUAACAGAUUAUCAUCUUCAUAGAGAAGGUCGAGAUGCUGACACCCAGACUGUUACAACAUCUCCAUACAAAGAUUCAAUUGUGGAGAAAUUAAAGUUUAUUGAUGAACAAUUUGAAGAGAUUUAUCCAAAGCGGAAGAAUUUUGAGUCCCUGGAAAGUAAACUCUCAGACUAUCGCAGAGAGAUGGAGGAACAACUAAGAACAGAAAUGGCUCAGAAGCUACAGCACUUUAAGGAUGUGGAAAUUGCAAAAAUUAAGCUGGAUGAAACAGAAAAAUCUCAGAGAGAGAUGUCUGAUUUCCGAAGGGAAUUAGAGAAGACUUAUCAAGCAAAAUUAGAGGGUCUGGUGUCGCGGGAGAAGAAUGCUAUUGAGAGACUUCAAAGGCAGCAAGAGAUCGAAGCCAAAGAAAUAUACACACAGCGGCAAUCCUUGUUGAAAGACAUUGACUCAGUUCGUGCUAGGGAAUCAGAUCUUCGCCAGCGCAUGGAAGCAUUGGAGCGUACUCAGAAGCUGGAAGCAGAAAAGAACAGAAGUAUAGAUGAAUUGCUCAGAAAGAGGGAGCUUGAAGUGAAGAACAUAGAGGACACCUUUGACCAGAAGCUUAAAAAUGAGCUAUUAAGGCAUCAAAUUGAGUUAAAUGAAGAAUAUAUAAAAAGAACAAAGAAAGUAAGUGAAGAUGAGAGAAGAAAUAAAGAGGAAGCAUCAAGAUUACGUGAAGAGGCUAUUGCACAUAACAUGAAAAAGCAUGAGUCAGAGCAAGCAAUGUCUCAUAUAAAGGAACUGGAGAUAGAGGUGGAUUCUUUGAAAGCACAAAUGUCUCUUGUAACAAGGCAGAAUCACCACUUAACUGACAAGCUGAAAGAAACCAUAGAUUAUCCUUUGGUCCACGAGGAAAAGCUGAAGCUACAAGGAGAAGUAAAGCUACUUAAGCAACAACUGGAUGAAAUUCACAAGGAAAAUCAGCUCCUUCGAGAAAAAAAUAUACAUCCAAGUGCUGAGUAUGUAGUUCUUCAAGUAGAGCUGAAGAGAAUGGAAAGUGCAAGAAAGCUGGAACAAGAGGAAUUUAAAACAAAAAAAGAAAUCUUGGAAAAACAACUGCACAAUGAAAUUGAGCGGUGUGCUGAAAUGAAGGCCCGACUUUUAAACAGCGAGGAUUCAGCAAAAAAAUGUAACUCGCGGGUUGAUCGCCUUGAAUUGCAGCUUCGACAAGCACAGCUCGAAAAUGAAGUUUAUCGCAACCCAAAGCCAUCCCUGGUUGAUCGCUCUGUGCUGGACUUUACCGCAGACAAGAUUGUGCCUCCUGAUAUUUAUGUUGAUGAAGCUGUUCUGAAAAGCCAUUGUUCAUAUGAUACCUUUGCUGGAGCAGGUGGCAGAUCAAGUCCAAUGUAUUGCCAUGCUACAAGGACUCGCAGCAGCUCCCCAGAUUCUGAUUUUGAGUUUGUAGCAAAUACCAAGGCCCGAAUCAAAGAACUUGAGAAAGAGGCAGAAUUCUUAGAGGAAGCCUACCGUAAAUAUCAAAACAGAAUCAGCCAGGCAGGAUCUAUUGAGACCAGACCUUUGUCUACUGUUAUGAUGAGUUAUCCAGACACUGUUGAGAGCAGCCCUUUGAGUACUGUUCCAAAAACAAGAAGACCUGUUAAAAUUUUGUCAGAUGUUCCUCGGCAGAAGGUUGCCUUUUUAGAAGACGAUCUCACACCAGAACAGCAUAGCCUUUUAAGUAGAUUAAAAUCGAGUCACAAAGAAGAAAAUCCGUCUGAGACUGAUAUCACACCUCCAAGAACAAAGAUCUCAUCUGCAAGGAGACUAUCCUCAACUCCAAUACCUAAACGUGACCAAAACUCAAGUGAAAAGCAAAAAAUUUUGACAGAAGCAGACCAUGAAGACUCUAUUCUUUCAUCAUCUCAACAAAGCCCGAAACAACUACUGUCUCCUAUACCAAAUAAUGGGCACAUUUCCUCAAUUAAUUGUGAUGUUCCUGAUAUUCCAGUGGAUACAGAUAAAGAUCCGAGUAACAGGCCUUGUGAGCAAGAUGUCAAUUGUGAUGAAGUUUCCAACCAUUUAAAUCCACAGAAGCUAUAUUUUGAUGAUCUUAAUAGCACUAAUUCUUCUUUACAAGACCAGGAGGACAUUCCAGAGCAACUUGCAACUGACUUGUCUCAUCCAUCUGGGGAUGUGGUUCAUGACAAUCACGUCAUUGCUAAUGUGCCAGUAGCAGUAACUUCACCAGUGGAUUCAUUGAGUAGUCAACAUUCCCCCGAAAAUAUCAACAAACAUGAGAAAACAGAUGAAGGGGGUGAACAGAAGGAUGAGGAACAGUUCAGAGAACUCUCUGAGGAAGAAAAGGAUCUACACAAGAAUUCAAUGGUGAAUACAACAUCUAAUGAGGGAAGAGAAAACACAGAGGAGAUUGCAGGUGUGCAGGAUCGUGAGGAAGCCAGUUCUUCAGUUCAAGGCAGUGUCAACCCUCUGGACAAAUACAUGCAAAUGAUUCUCCAGAACAGGGCACAGGAACAAUCUGAGAAGGUUAACAAAGAAUCCUUAGAAGAUGCCUCUGUGGUAGAAAAAGUAUCAAACGAAAGCAUCACCGCGCUCUCUCAUGGAGAAGACGACGAGAACUUCUGGUAAACAAUCACUUCCUUUCUACAAGACGCGUCCAAGAGCUUUGAAUUUUGGGGCUAAUUAUUUUUGUGACCAGCUCAGUGUGUUUUCAUUUGAUGUGGAAAUCUCGUCAGGGGCUGAUUGUUAUCUGUGAAUUUCAGCCAUAUUAUAUAGAUCUGCUUUUAACCACUUCUCCUCUUUUAAUCAAAUGCCAAUGAAUGUUGUGUGUGUGAAAAAUGAGAUUGGUUUUCCCUAAUGAUUCCUCAAUCCAGGUUCAUUAAAGAGCGGGGAAUGUAGGCACAUAAGCGUUUAUAAGAAUUUUCUCAGUAAAAUUGAAGCUAAAGAUGA